AAUAUUGAGAGGACAAAAGUAAAUAGAAAAAGAGGAUGACGAGAGCAAAGCUGCAAUGGAAGGUGUUAAGCUAAACUCUCUUCUCGUCUGAUUUCUUCUACUCUCAACUCUCAACCACAAAACCAAAAAAAUGCUACUAAUUCCAAUUUCUUCUUCUUCUUCUUCCUCUUCCUCUAUCCUUCCUCCUAACUCAUAUCCAUCGAAUCAUCACUCUCUGUUUUUCUCCAAUCUCACAUACCCGAUUCCACAUGGAAGUAGAAAGUUGAAGACUUUGCGACUCAGAGCCAAUUUCUGGGAGUCAAUCCGAUCUGGGUUUGUGAAGAAUAAUAAUAGUACCCAACUUGUGGAACCACCUUCUAUAGUUGAAGAAGAAGAAGAGACUGAACCAUUGUUGCCUGUGGAAUUUACUUUAGUUGAGAGAAAUCUUGAAGAUGGUUUAAUUGAAGAGAUCAUAUUUUCUUCUGGUGGUGAGAUUGAUGUUUAUGAUCUUCAAGGUCUUUGUGACAAGGUGGGAUGGCCACGGAGACCGUUAGUGAAACUAGCUGCUGCUUUGAAGAAUAGUUAUAUGGUUGCUACUUUGCAUUCGGUUAUGAAGUCAUCAUCAGAUUCAGAUUCAUCAGAAGGAGGUAAUGAGGAGAAGCAGCAGGAGAAGAAGCUUAUUGGUAUGGCACGUGCGACCUCGGAUCAUGCCUUUAAUGCUACAAUCUGGGAUGUUCUUGUUGAUCCUGAAUAUCAGGGUCAAGGGCUAGGUAAGGCGCUUGUCGAAAAACUUGUUAGGGCUCUUCUUCAGAGAGAUAUUGGUAACAUAUCUCUAUUUGCAGAUAGUCAAGUUGUGGAUUUCUAUCAGAACUUGGGGUUUGAGGCUGAUCCAGAAGGCAUCAAAGGCAUGUUUUGGUACCCAAAGUAGUUACUUGGUGAUUACAAGAGAAUGGGAUUAUUAUUUGUUUGUAUAUUUCUGUGCUUUCUUAUAUAUGGAUCUAUAAGGAAGUUUCAACUGUGCAUUUUGUAACUCAAAAUCUAUUUGAGAUUCAACAUAAGUAUGAUCAAUAGGAGAAAAGUUUUCUUUCUUUU